AUGGCAGACACCGUACCCCAGAUCAAGGUGACAGACCCACCUGCCGUUGGCAAAGGCUCCUACUUCCAGAACCAGGAGAACGCGUCUUCAAUCACAGUAGACGGCCCAUUGUCCAACAAGAAACUCUCCGCCAAACUUCGAAGCCCCACCACACCCUCUGCGCAACCGGCAGGCGAUACACACAAUGGAUACAUUGGCGAUGGAGAGAGAUUGCCCGAAACACUCAUGGACCCGCUCUCGCAACAAAUCCUCCAGAGAACGAAUACGUCGCCCGCCGUACAGAAACUACGAUCCCAGAACACCGAGCCGAUCCAAUCGCCAACGUCACCCAACGAAGCGAACGCAGACAAGAAACUGAGUGGAGAGACGGCCCGCGACACAAGCGGGGGUAAGGCAGACAAGAAGAAAGUGUCAUUCCUUAGUCGCUUCAUCGGAGGCAACAAAAAGAAGAGCACCCUCGAUGGCGCAAGCGACAAUGGCUCUGAGGCAGACGACCGACGACCAGAGGGUAUGGAUGCCCAGCUCUAUGUCGACAAUGUCAGCUUCAGUCCGAAGAUACCACAUCCUCCGGCAUACAUCAAAGUGAGGACAAAGUUCAAGAAGGAGAAGGAGUUUGACCGUGUCUUCCUGGCGCAGGAGUUACGCUCUGGAUCGGAUAAGAAGAGUCCCCCCGCUGCUGGAUCAAACCCUGCGCCUCAGUCUGGGUCGGCCGCUACGCAGAAUCCUAUCUGGGCGGUUGAGUUCAGCAAAGAUGGGAGGUAUCUUGCUGUUGGUGGUCAGGACAGAGUCAUCCGGGUGUGGGCCGUGAUUGACAGCCCAGAAGGACGCCGCGCACACGAGAAUACCGAGAGCGAUCCGCAUGCCCAACUCAGCGCACCAGUCUUCCAGCAGAAGCCCGUCCGCGAAUACCAAGGACAUACGUCGACGAUCCUGGACUUGAGCUGGAGCAAGAACAACUUCCUGUUAUCCUCUUCCAUGGACAAAACCGUUCGACUAUGGCACGUUAGCCGAGACGAGAAUCUAUGUACAUUCAAGCAUUCCGACUUUGUUCCUUCCAUUCAGUUUCACCCUACGGACGACCGAUUCUUCCUAGCUGGUUCGCUUGACGCCAAGUUGCGGCUAUGGAGCAUCCCCGACAAGAGCGUGGCGUUUUCGAUCACUGUCCCAGACAUGAUCACAUCAGUAGCGUUUACGCCCGACGGAAAGACGUGUAUAGCUGGUACCCUCGGUGGACUCUGCAUGUUUUACGAUACUGAAGGAUUGAAGUGGCAGGCGCAACUCCACGUAAAGUCGACUCGCGGUCAGAACGCGAAGGGCAGCAAGAUUACUGGAAUCCAAGCGACAUACUGGCCUCCAGGAAGCGAGAGUGGUGAGAUGAAGCUCUUGGUAUCGAGCAAUGAUUCGAGGCUGCGCAUCUACAACAUGAAGGACAAGACUCUAGAGAUGAAGUUCCGUGGUCACGAAAACAACUGCAGUCAAAUACGAGCUACCUUUGCUGAUAGCAGUGGACACAUUAUCUGUGGAAGCGAGGAUCGGAAAACGUACAUUUGGUCGACGACAUCUACGGUAGAGGGCGAGAAGAGGAAUCAUCGUCCGGUGGAAAUGUUCGAAGCUCAUAAUUCUAUCACGACGUGUACUGUCAUGGCACCCAUCGAGACACGGCAGUUGCUCAGCGCAUCGGAAGAUCCCAUCUUCGACCUCUGCAAUCCACCACCGGUCACUCUAGUGUCAAAAGCUGAGUCCGUCGUUUCGUCGCGGGCGCCUACAGAGGCAGGUUCAGCCCAUCCGACACCCGCACCCACAGAUACCAACUUUAAGAAAGCUGCGGAAAGCCCGGCAUACGUUGCUCGCUCGGCACAUCGAGGCGGCAACAUAAUCGUUACAGCAGACUAUACCGGAGCGCUGAAGGUUUUCAGACAAGAUUGUGCCCACCAAAAACGCAUACGGCUGAGCGAACAGUGGGACACAGCGUCCAUGAAGAGAAUGUCGGGUAUCGGACGACCCAGCAGUAUCAUAUCGCGGACCAGCCGAUCACGGCGAGACAGUGUAUCUACACAGCCACCAAACGACCGGAUCAUGACAUGGCGACAAAGCAUAUCGCACGCCAGCUUCGACUCAACGAAUUCCCUCCCUCGCCGCAGCGCUUCACCUCGAAAGUCGCUAGCUGCUUUGAGCUUUCACUCCACACCCCACGAAUCCCCCGUCCUGCAUCCUACAAAAACGAACGACACCUUCGACACCAAGCCCACGGGUACACCCAAGACAUCCAUAUCCAUGGACCGCACCACCACAUCUUUACGCAGUGCAUCACAAUCUGAAGCCUCGUCGCCAAUCAAAGAGCCGUACACUGUUACUGCUGAGCCGGAGGACGAAAAGAAGUCACAAGGGCAAAGAGCUAGUUCUACCAACCCUCUUGCUUUGUACAACGGCCAGAGCUGGCUCUUUUGGACAAAUCGCGACAAGAGUGCGCUGACGGCUGGGAACAAGAAGGAAGCGGAAAGACCGGAUUUGCUGGGUCGCAUGAGUACGCUUAGUCAGAUUAGUAGGCUGACGGAUGAGAGGAGCGAGGGGGAGGGGGAUGACAAGAAGUAA